AAAACGCCACGACCAGCUGCCUCUCCCCCAUGAGUCCAUGAUACGCGACAAGCACGAUUGCUGUGUACGCAGCCACCUCUGGUGGCAGGACGAUCUUCCUGCCAGUGCUCCCCUCUUGAAACGGAGUUGUUUCACGCCAUAUCUUCCCAUUAAUACUCUGCCUCUAUGCCGCCUCAGUGCUUUGUCCCUAUAGCCCAGGAGCUGUCGCAUAUCUGCCGGCAGUUGACCACUGUCUAUCACCCACGGCAUAUGCCCUCUGAGCUUUGACGAAAUUGGACUGAUGAUCACCAAAUGCAGGCAGGGUCAAUAUGGAGCGCACAUUCUUGGACGUCACGAUCGGCAAUGCAUUUACCGUUGCUGCCUCCAGUCCGGAGUCCAUCCAAAAUAUUGAUAAUGCUGCAGCCUGCAGGGCGAACAAUAGGGAAAUAGAAAGAGAAGCAUGGUGGGGAUAUAAUACAUACAAGGAUCCGUGGCAUUGCCUGCGUCGGCUCGGGCCGACCUGUCAAAAGGAAAUCGUUAUUUUGGUCCGAUUGAAGUGGCUCCACCACCCAUUGCUCAUGCGGCCAGAUGAGACGCGGUUUGCAUGCAGCACUGCCUGCCUCCCUGCCUCCCUGCCUCCCUGCCUGCACAUCCACCACUUUAUCUGGUAUCUUGUGCGACGAGUUUGCGCCAGGCUGAAUCUUUCUGGAUCACAGCUUUGUAAUCUGAUCGCUGCCCGGUGGCUUUUAUCAGAUCGUGCAGGGCGAGACGUACCUAGUACAUGUACAACAAUCAACUACACCAUCCCUCCGCCGUCCACAUAUGCAUAGUCUUGUAUAUAUUGGAAGCCUUACUGAUGAAACAAAGCAUAGAAAGAAUCACACAAGAAGCAAAGUUUAUCUCAGACCGCAUUCGCUUUAGGUUUCCUUCAACCUUUGGCUUCUUGCAGCUACCGUGCUGCGCGGCUUCGGUGCUUUGGCGGAGCAAACUCCGCCGUUCGCCUUUUAUGUAUCGGUC